AUGACUUGUCGUAAAGUUGGUGGUUCUUUUUUAUCCAAACAACAUGGUGGACCAGCAAAUCUUUCUGAACUACUUAGUAUCUAUCUGUCUAUCUAUUGUAGUCAGUAUCUAUCUAUCUUUUACACUCAGUAUCUAUCUCUAUCUAUCUAUCUAUCUAUCUAUCUAUCUCUUCUAUCUAUUAUAUCUAUAGAUCUAUCUAUCUAUCUAUCUAUCUGUUGCAUUCUUCUCUCUCGGUCGUUUAUUGUCUCUCUGAAACCAACACUGAUCGAAUGUGUCAUAUUUCUUUUUAUUCUUGCAGGCCAAUAUUCAGUCUUUAUCAAAGAUCUAUCUCAUUCUGUUCAUAUCUAUCUCAUUAUGUCCAUAUCUAUCAAUCUCAUUCUGUUCGUAUCUAUCUAUCUCAUUCGAUUCAUAUCUCUCUCAUUAUGUUCAUAUAUAUCGAUCUCAUUAUGUUCGUAUCUAUCUCAUUCUAUCUAUCUAUCUAUCUAUCUAUCUAUCUAUCUAUCUAUCUAUUUCAUACUGUUCAUAUCUAUCUCAUUUUCUUCAUAUCUAUCGCAUUCUAUUAAUAUCUAUCUACCUCAUUCUAUUCAUAUCUAUCUAUCUCUUUCUGUUCAUAUCUCUCUCAUUCUUUUCAUAUCUAUCUAUCUAUCUAUCUAUCUAUCUAUCUAUCUAUCUAUCUAUCAGUCGGUCAAUUGCUAUUCCGUUCAUAUCUAUCUAUCUAUCUGUCUGUCUGUCUGUCUGUCUGUCUAUUUCAUAUUGUUCAUAUCAUUCUGUUCAUUCCUAUCUAUAUAUCUAUCUAUCUCAUUCUUUUCAUAUCUAUCUAUCUCAUUCUGUUCAUAUCUAUCUCAUUCUUUUCAUAUCUAUCUAUCUAUCUAUCUAUCUAUCUGCCGAUCAGUUGCUAUUCUGUUCCUAUCUAUCUAUCUAUCUAUCUAUCUAUCUAUCUAUCUAUCUAUCUGUCUGUCUGUCUGUCUGUCUGUCUGUCAGCUGUUUUGUUUCACUUUAUUUUUCUCUCAUUGA